GGCGCCAGCAGUCUGCGACUACACGCUUGGCGCGAGCGUCAGUUUGGUCCCCUCCGUGUCCGCCACCACUCGGCCUAUCCUUCACUACCUCGUACUGACGGAUACUGUAGUGAGUGAGGUGUACCCGUGGUGGGCUGCCCCUACUGUCACCAUCACCACACGCUGAAAUUACUCGGCUACAAACGAACACUCUCCUUCAUCACUCGUCCGAAUCCCUAGGUUAUGGUGGUGUGACAAGGGUGUGGCGCCCCGACCAGGUCACCGUUACUCAGAAGCAUUUCACCAAGGGACCUUAACACUUCACCAAGGGACCUUAAACACUUCACCAAGGGACCUUAACACUUCACCAAGGGACCUUAUACUCUUCACCAAGCUAUCGGUUACUUCAACAGUCUCAUUCCGACACUGCGCCAAGCGAUUAAACUCUUAAGUAGAUAAGCAGACAUUAAACAACUCUAGUCUUCACCAAAUAACUACAUUACGCUUACCGGGAAUCAAAUAUGAGACUCCGACCACCUCGUUCUUGUUGACGCCCAGAUCAGGUACCAGCGGCCACACGUCCCACUGUAAACAAUUCCCGAGCACGGCCACUUAUCUUGGAAGGUCUCUGAUUAUCUCCUGAGUCUCUACGCUAGUGUCUGGCGUCACCUCCAACAUUCUGGUAACCUCACGUUUCCCAGCAAAGACAAAUUUUUAAAGGCAAAAUAGAAUAGAAGUGAGGAGAGUGAAGCUAUGUGCGCAUGAGUCGCCCUACAAAAAAAUUACUACAGAUGUUUAAAGUGAUGAGAGGAAAUCUUUUACGAUAGAAGUAAACAGAGAGAGAGAGGCACCAGCCACUGACAGUUAUUGCGGGGAGAAACAAGUACUAGAGACGUUAUAGAGUGACACAACCUCAGUCACUCCGGACACAACACAAGUAGAAGACUUCCGCUAACACCUCCACCAUGACGAGUCCUACAGCCUUCCCCGUCAACGAGAGGACCUACAUCCUGGAGGACACCGCCCCUCCUCAGCCCCAGCCACAGCUGGCCACCCCGGACGAGCCUCCUAAGAUACCCCCGGGACUGGCUGGGUACGAGGGUGAUGCUGACCCCAAGAAAGACAAGAGCUCUCUGUCUUUCACCAGUUUCAACUACAUCAACUCCAUCGUCGGCAGCGGUGUUAUAGGGAUGCCAUUUGCGCUGCACGAGGCAGGGUUUGGGGUGGGGAUGCUGCUGUUGAUCCUUGUAUCAAUCAUCACGGACACAGCGCUCUGCCUCAUGAUCGCCGUGGCCCGCACAGCCAAAGUUAACACUUACCAAGACCUUGUGAAUGCCGCAUUUGGCAAGCCUGGCUUCCUCAUUACUUCCGCCCUCCAGUUCAUGUAUCCCUUUAUCUCGCUGAUCAGCUACAACAUCAUCGUGGGAGACACCAUGACCAAGGUGCUGAUCAGGGUGACAGGGAUCGGCCAAGAGUCAGUGCUGGUGAAGAGGGAGUUUAUCAUGGCCACCUCCACACUCCUCAUCACCCUCCCCCUCUCCUUGUACAGGAACAUCACACGACUGGCCAAGGUGUCUCUGGUGUCGGUGGUAAUGAUCGUCAUCAUCGCUGUGUCCAUGUUGGUGCGUCUGGCCACUAUGAAGGACCUGGUGCCCACAACGGAUGAUGCAUGGAACUUUGGGGGUGAGAACCUGGCUUCAGCCAUCGGCAUCAUGAGCUUCGCCUUCAUGUGUCACCACUCAAGCUUCCUUGUGUACGAAUCCCUCGCUGACAACACCCAGGAGCGCUGGAACAAGGUGACUCACAUCUCCAUCGUGGCAUCUGCUGUCCUCAGUCUGGUCUUCUCAGUGGCUGGAUACCUGACUUUCACCGGCCACGUUCAAGGGGAUGUUUUUGAGAACUACUGUUGGAUGGACGACCUGAUGAACGUGUGCCGUGGAGCUUAUGCCGUCACCAUCCUCCUCACUUUCCCCAUUGAGUGCUUCGUGGCCCGGGAUGUCUUGGAGACCGCAUUCUUCCGCAAUUAUCAGCCUCAGCCAUUCUUCCGCCACGCUGUGCUCUCCGUCCUGAUAGCUCUCUUCUGCAUGCUGCUCUCCCUCUCCACCGACUGCCUCGGCAUCGUCCUCGAGCUGAACGGCAUCAUGUGUGCAAUACCACUUGCCUUCAUCCUUCCUGUGUUGUGCUACAUCAAGCUGGAGGAAGGACCACUGUGGGCCCGCGCCAAGUGGCCGGCAUGGGGCGUUGCCACCUUCGGGGUUGUCGCAAUGAUCGUUGGUAUGGUCUCACUCUUUACCAACAUAUAUGUUUUGUCAGAAUGCUCCCAUGGAGUUCAGAUGGAUUAUUGCUUCUCUGAAGAGAAUGGUACUCGGUCAGAGAUUGAAUUUUGAAGUGUCACAGUUAUGGUCUAAGGUGUCAAAACUUUUAGGAAUCCAAGUUCAGAGGAGCUGAAACUCUUCUUUAUCCUGUAUUGAGUCAUUUUAAAUUAGAGGUUUUUUAAAUCAUGAGUUUUUAGGUAUCACAUCUUUUUAUGACACUAUGAGGUUUGAAAUAUUAAUGUGACAGGCCUUUGUUAGGUUGAAUCUUUGAGGUGCUGAUGCUUUAAAUUAUUGAAACUUGAGGUGUUGAAAUUUGAGAGCUUUAAAACUUUAAGAGGGAUCAUCAUUUGAACAUUCUUUGUUAGAGAGAGACCAGGAGUUGAUCAUGUGGGUGUCACAGGAUAGAGGAAAGCGACCAUGGCGCUUGGUAAACUAAAAUCGACUGGCAUGUUGCUGCCGUUAGUGACGUUGCUUCACCAAAUGCCUAAGCAUCGUGGCUUUUACUAGUUUAAGGUUCAUUCACCAGUAGGUUAGCAAGCUUUCACCCACUGUAUAGUCACGGCUAGUUGCUUUUAUAUGCAGAGUAAAGUAACUUGGACAUUUCGAUGUGAUAUAAGUAACCUCACAGUCCAUGAAAGGGAAAGAAAAUGUUAUUUAUUAAAGUGAUGAGGGCCACCAUCUGGUGCAGGUCCUGACAGCUUUUACUUUUUCUCCUCAUCUUGGACCAUCAUGGUAUGGUGUCUUGUAUGCUACAGUCAUCAAGGAGAAUUGAGGCUAUACCCAAAGGUAGAGUCCCUGUAUACAGAGAGUAGCGAUAAUCUGAAUUUGACGCCAUCUUAUUUCAUCUGAGCUCUGUGCCCUCUCUUUUCCGGGACCCUCCACGUCGCUACUCUCAGUAUAUCGGGACUAUACCCAGAGGUUAAUGAAGUGUAUUGUUCACAUUAUAUCUAAGGAGGUCCUCUUUUAUAGGAAUUCUGGUUAAUCAAGAAUCAUUAACUGGACUAACAGAAAAUAUUGUCCCAUAACACUAUGAAAACACGAUAAUAUGACUCCAGUAUGAGUAGGUCUUAAGAUGAGUGAACAAUGUUAUCUAAUUACAAAGAAAGGUUAAAGCAUUUGUAUGUUGGUGCUAAAUAAGACCCAACAUUAUAGUGUAAUGAUUAUUAUAACACUUUUGACUAUUGUACACAGGGGCAAGGAGUGUCUAGGGUUGAAAAAGUUGGGGUUUUAUAGUCGAAUUCUGGGUAAGGAGAUAGCCAAGCUCUGUCACAAGACUGCAAGAUAUAUUUAAUGAUAUAAUUGUGUGAAUUCAAUACAAUAUAUCAAUCAAAAGAAAUUACAGAAAAUAAUAAUGCAUAAUAAUUAUUGAAGUGGGAUUGCUGAUGUGUAUUCUCUUUAGAUUUUGUUGUAAAUUUAGAAGGUGGAAGAUGGAAUUCUGAGCACUUUGGAAACCUUGCAAAAUCCACCUACAGUUUUGUAUGUUUUCUGUCAGUUGGUCGUGUUUAGGUCAGCAGAUUGAAGGUAAAUUUCUUGUAUGAAUCUUUGCCCCUUGUGCUUAUGUCCUUGUUCUGAUAUCUUCCAUGUCAAUACGUACUGUCACUUUCUAACAAAGGUAAAAUGUAAGUCAAGAUUUUAGAAAGAAAAUAUUAAUGGUGUCGUUUGCUUUAUUGUGUAUAUUGCCAAAGAGCAUUUGAGGCGCUGCCUUCUGUAAGCAUCCUAACACCACAAAAAAAUUUUUCGGGAGUGAGGUGAGAAGGCAGAAAUGCCCUCACCCCGCUGUCACACAUAAGACUCUAGGUACACUGUCUUGCACUCUGGUAUUUUGGUUCUUUCUAUCUUAGUCUUAAUAUUUUAUUUUGCUGAUUAUAUUGAAUUUGAGGUAACUACAAUACAAUACACUUAUUGAACAAAAAUAAACAAUUAAUGAGACUUAUUUAUAAUAGAUGCACAAAUCCAGCAAAAGUAAUAUUACCUUUAUUUUCAAUACAAUGUUCAGUAUUGUGUUAUUACUAGAAUUUGAGAUGGAAGAGGCACAAGAGAGUCAUGAAUUAGUUAUUGCUCAGGUUUGCUCAGAUUCUAAUAAAUGUAAUGAAGAUACUGGAAACCCAAGCUGUUUUAAAGAUCUUUGCUUACCUACCUUUACAGAAGGUCAAGAUGAAAUAGACUCCAGUAGGAGUGUGGAUCACUCUUGAGGUGCUUGAGGGCAUUCAGAAACAGUCAAGGUUGGCAUCUCAAUUUAACUGGUUCUGAGAGUUGCUUGGCAUGGUCAAGGUGCAGCCUGAGUGUCGUAUAGGUUUAAUCUUCCUAAGGUCAUAGAAAUCAGAUGUGAGGGCAGUGGCAAACCCCACUAGUGGUGCAUGAUCUCUCGGUCAGUUGGGUUGGCAAGCUAACACACCUCUCUUCAAGAGGGGGUAUAGUACUUCCAUUCCUAGUUAGUGAGUUCGUAUUUCAUUCCUUCCCUCCAUGAAAGGUGAGUAGGUAUUUUGUAGCCCCCAUGGGGCUAGAGAUGGGAUGACACCAUUCCUUGUUUACGACUCGCAGACAAGGGCCUCAGGUGUGCAAGUUAGGGAUCACGACUUCUCAAACUAGUUCCACCACCUCUUAAAGAGGUCCCUUUGUGGCACUGCUCACAGGGUUCGACUUGCACUAAUUGCUUGAAUAUAAUAAUACAGGAAUAGUAAUAGGUGAUCUUUUGUUUCUCAAAAUUGCCAUUAGCUCUCGAAAUAAAAAAGUAAAAAAAAAAAAUCACAAAG